AAGAAGGCAUUGAUCCCAUUCAAGCGGCAAGAUCGCAUCUUACUCCUUGGAGAGGGUAAUUUCAGCUUUGCUGCAAGUCUCGCACAGCAUCACCUGGAUGAUGCGAGUUUACUCGUUGCAACGAGUUUCGAUACGGCUGAGGAGGUGCGCGCCAAGUAUGCAGAUGGCGAAGAGCAGAUUUCAAUCGUCACCGAUUGUGGUGGUGCAGUGCUCCAUGGGAUUGAUGCGACGCGUCUUGCAGAGCAAUCAGCGCGUCUUUGUAAAGACUUUUCACGACGGCUAGGUAUCGAGACACUCAAGUUUGAUACCGUUCUCUUCAACUUCCCACACGUCGCUGCAGGCAUUAAAGAUCAAGAUCGCAAUAUCGUCGCCAAUCAAACGAUGCUGCGUGAUUUCUUCAAAGAUGUACCACAUGUCUUGAAUGAAGGUGGCAGUAUUGCUGUAUCACUCGCACUAGGGAAAACUUAUGAACGAUGGAACCUCAAAGGGCUUGCUAAAGAUGCAGGCUUACAACUUGCUCGUAGUGGUCAAUUUGUCGGUGCCGCGUUUCCAGGGUAUGAACACCGUCGAACGAGUGGU